AUGGAGGAGCAAGCUGAGGUAGAUGAAAGUUUUGGACAUGAAAGUUAUGAUGCAGUUGUUGUGGGGUCUGGUUAUGGCGGUUCUGUUGCUGCUUGCCGACUGGCUAUGGCAGGCGUAAGGGUGUGUCUACUUGAAAAAGGCCGUAAAUGGGAAGCUCAGGACUUCCCAACUGACACCUUCAAAACGUUAUCGGCUGUGAGGCUGGAGAACCAGAACCUAGGUGUCAGCUAUGGACCAAAAGAUGCUUUGUUUCAGAUGUACGAGCAAAAUGAUUCUCUAGCAGCAGUGGCUUGUGGGCUUGGUGGAGGUUCACUAGUGAAUGCAGGAGUUAUGAUGCCAGCACCAGUUCGUGCUAGACGACAUCCAAAAUGGCCAAAGGAAUGGGAAAGGAAUUGGGGUAGUUGUGAAGCUUCUGCAGCAGAUAUGCUGAGAAUACAAAGCAUUCCUGUCAAGUUUCCUUCUGCAAAAAUAUUGGAAGAAGCUGCUGAUGGAGAAACUCUUGACACUUCAAUAAAGCUUAGUAUAAAUUUUGACAUUGAAGAACCAACAGCAAAUGGAACGAAGCGUCCACAAAUGGGUAGCUGCUUAGCCUGUGGAAACUGUCUUUCUGGAUGUUCUUAUAACGCCAAAAGUUCCACUGACAAAAAUUAUCUAGUCUCAGCAAUCCAGGCAUGUUUCAAGUCUUUUUACUUGUUAUCUAAUAUAUCCAUCAACAUUUCUUCUGCCAUUAUGAGUCCAGAGGUGGUCCAGGUUACGAAUGAAAAUGAUAUGGUUAUUGCUGGAUGUAUUGUCAAAACAGAAUGCCAAGUGCAGUAUGUGGUUAGAAACAUGCAUGAUUAUUUCCAACAUAAAGGAAAAAGUGGAAGGAGAUGGCUCGUUUACUUGAAUGAGAUUGACUACAUAACCUCUGAUUUUGUGAUCCUAUCAGCGGGAGUUUUUGGCACAACUGAGAUACUCUUCCAGUCACAAAUGAGAGGACUGAAACUUUCAGAAGCACUUGGAUCUGGAUUCAGCUGUAAUGGGAACACUGUGGCUUAUCUAGCUGGAACACCAGCACCAGUAAAUGGUUUUGGAUUAGACAGAAAGCAGGUGUUCACGACUCCUUUUGAAGAAAGGCCAGGGCCAUCGAUUUCAUCAUCUUACACUUCUUCACUCGGUUUUACGAUUCAGAGUGCUGUACUUCCAAUAGCUUAUCCAUAUCUGCUGUUUAAAGGAAUCGUAACAUACGGAUGGCCUACUGGUUACUGGUUCCUCCAUGGAAUUAUAGACAAGAUAGGACACAUUAUAGGUUCCAAAGCAAGCCAAGCAAUGAUUCUUAUUGCAGUGGGACAUGAUGAAAGUGAUGGUAAGAUCAUGUUAGAAAAGGGCACCAACAAAAUCUGCUUUACUCCACCUCAGGAUCCUCUACUCCCGCGAAAGAUUAAAGCUUUUCAGAAGCUCACUAAGAAACUAGGAGGGCUUCUAUUCAUGUCAAAAUACCGGAGCACAGCAGUUCAUCUUUUAGGUGGGUGUAAUGUGUCAUCAGAUCCUUCAGGUGGUGUCUGCAAUCCCAAUGGACAGGUUUUUGAACCAGAGUCAUCCACAGCUGUGCACCCUGGCCUCUACGUGUGUGAUGCUUCUUUGAUCCCAUGUUCUGUUGGGAUAAAUCCAUCUCUUACCAUCACAACUGUAGCUGAGCACAUAAGCAAGAACCUUGUGCAGGAAGCUCUCAAGUACAAGAGCAGCAAUGGUGUUGAAUCUGUUGUCAAAAUUGCUAACCGAGGUCAAGAGUCCUUCAACGAGAAGAAUUUUAUUAACCGUCAAAGCUCAACGGUCAUGGUUAAAGAAACCAUGCGAGGUUAUGUUGGGGGUAUGCCAUGCACUGCUUAUCUAAAAAUGAGGAUGAAUUCUCAGGACCAGUCUUGCUCUGAUGUAAAGUUGGAUACCGCAAAAUCCCAUCCUCUUCUAAGAGGUAAAGUUGGAGGGCAUGUGGAAAUUAGAGCCUUAGAUAAGGAUGAUUUACAUAUCAUAGAUGGUAACGUAAAUUUGUGUGUAGUAGAUGACAGAACUCCUUACACACAGUAUAUGAAGUAUGAUCUUCUUCUUGCAGCUUCUACCGGUUCAAGAUAUAUUCUCAAGGGAAGAAAGAUAAUGAAUCCUUAUUUCUUUCCAUUAUAUGCUUGGAGGGAGAUGACAACACUGCAUGUUACAUUCGAAAAAGUUUCUGGGGAAGACUCAAAGGAUGAGAAGGAGGUUCUCAAAGGGGAGCUUCAUAUUUCGAUAACAGAGCUUCUUAAGAGCAUCAUAAGCCUUAAAGGAAACAAUAGAGGAAGGUUCAUGUGCCUCCUAUCAGGGUCUUUCUUCAGAACUUAUUUCUUGCCAGUACCUCGAGGGAAUCAGGGGGAUUUGGUUCUGUCAGAAGACAAAUCUUAUCCCAGCAGCACUCUCCAUGAAAUUAAAGCAGAAGAUGGAUUCACUAUCAGUUGCAGACAAUGGAAGUCCAAACUUGAAGGAGAUCUAAAGCUGAAUCCGGUUCUUCUUCUUAAUGCAUAUGCUAUUGAGAGUUUCUGGCUGCCAACUGAGCCAAAUGACUUGGUCAGAACUCUAAUUGAAGAAGGGCAUGAGACAUGGCUUUUGAAUUCCAGAUUGCACCCUCUGAAUCCUUCCAACGAUUUUACAAUUGAAGAUGUUGGAAAAUUUGAUAUCCCUGCUGCAAUUAAUAAGAUCCUUGAACUCCAUGGACCAAGCACAAAGGUGCACGUAGUUGCACACUGUGUUGGAGGCUCAGCCAUACACAUAGCGAUCAUGGGAGGUCAUGUCUCUGCAACUCGUAUAGCUUCUCUAUCUUGCACCAACUCGUCAAUGUUCUUCAAGCUUAAUGCUAUGUCCACAUUCAAAAUGUGGCUUCCUCUGAUACCGUUGUCAAUGUUCAUACUUGGAAAAGACAAGACACUUCCUCUUUUGGAAACAUCAAAUAUCAGCUCCCGGCACCGCCUCCUGAAACUUAUAGCCAGCUUCAUACCUCGAACUGAGAGAUGCACCUGCUUUGAAUGUGAAGUUUUCUCUGGCGUCUUUGGAAAUGCAUUCUGGCACGAAAAUAUCACCCCAACCUUGCACCAGUGGUUAACCAAGCAAAACGCGACAAGGCUUCCUAUGGCAGCAUUUCCCCAUCUCAGAAAGAUGUCCAACUCUGGUUUCAUUGUAGACAGCAAUGGUUGCAACUCAUAUUUGAUCCAUCCAGAAAGAAUGACACUCCCAACCCUCUAUAUAUCCGGUGGGCGAUCUCUCCUUGUCACUCCUCAAACUUCUUUCCUGGCUCAUAAGUACAUGAAGUUACACCAGCCAGGGUUUCGACAUGAAAGAGUAGUUGUAGAGGGUUUUGGUCAUUCGGAUUUAUUGAUUGGAGAAGAGUCUCACACGAAGGUGUUUCCUCACAUUUUGUCUCAUAUAAGAUUAGCUGAACAAGGGGAGGUUCAUGCCAAAGGAAAGAAGUACAGUAAAGAGGCAUUGGAUCGGGAAGAUGAUCAAUAUUAUGAAGGCAACUUCGGAAUAUUUGGAACUUGGUUCUCUCCUUUUGUGGUUAUCAUGUUGCUGUUUAUCUUACUUUCUUGGUUAGUUGCAGUAUUUUUCUAG